GCCUCAUGGACUCUCUGUGUCAGACUGUCAGUUUGGAAGUUUGGGCUACAGUUUACUUUUUUGGAGGUUGGUGGUGGCAUGAUGCUGGACAUUUUUUCCAAAAUGAGCUUAAUGGAUAUUACCAAGAUUUUCUCUCUACUCCGGCCUAAAGAGGAUGAAGAAGAUAACUGUCAGCAGUUAAAUAAGGCCGUUGCUGAAGAUGAUGACAAACAUCUGGCUGAUUUGCUAUCUCAAGAACAGUACAGGAAAUGUAUCAACAGCAGAAGUGGCUGGGGAAUACCAAGUACACCACUAAAAACUGCAGCUGCUCAUGGUCACCUCCGCUGUCUAGAGCUCCUUUUAGCCUAUGGUGCUGAGGUGGACACCCUAGAUGUAAAAGCCCAAACUCCACUUUUCACAGCUGUCAGUGGCAAACACCUUGGUUGUGUCUCUGCUUUGCUAAAAGCCGGAGCUGAUCCUAAUGGAAGUCAAUAUAACAACUGUUCCCCGGUGCUAACUGCAGCCAGAGAGGGAGAUGUGGACAUUCUGAAGGAGCUGCUUUAUUAUGGUGCUGAGACAGAUGUCCAGGCCAAAAUACCAGUUUGGGCAUCCAAUGCCACAACAUGCCGAGGACCUCUCUACAUUGCGGCCAUUUAUGGACACCUGGAGUGUUUCAAACUGCUGUUGCUAUAUGGUGCUGAUCCAGACUACAACUGCAAGGACAAGAAAAUACUGGCAAGGAUCAAACAAUCAAACACAGUGCUGGACACAUGUCUCAAAUAUAGAUGCCAAUCGGAAUACAUUAAGCUCCUAAUAGACUUCGGAGCCGAUGUGUACAUCCCAAUGGUGAUUACAGACAAAAUUAGAGAGCAGGAUGAGGGUAUCAUGCUGGUACUUAGAGAAAGAGUUUUCCCCAAAACACUGAUGUCUCAGAUUCGGCUUGCAAUACGGAAGUACCUUUCUACUGCACAAAAACUGGACAUGAUUGAUUUGCUGGAUCUUCCACAAAUGCUGAAAAAUUAUUUGAAAUAUACUACAUGACCACUGCUCUAUGCCAUCUCUCUUUUAUGUUACCUUAAAUACUAUAAACCAGGGGUUUUCAGUGUUCUCCCAUAAGGGCCAGUGUAGGGGCAGGUUUUAAUUUCAAUGAAGCAGAAGACGCAUAGGACAACUGAAAGCCAAGAUUAACUGAUUCAACAGGCUUUAUUAGAUGAAAUCCUGUACCCACACUGGCCCUUUCCUGAUAAGAGUGGACACCCCUGCUACAAACUUUGGGCAUGACAUGUAUUGUAGUGUAAUUCACUGAUAAUCAAAGUUAUAAUUGUAGAGUGCAUGCGCAAUACAUAUACUAUGUAUUUAAAGAAAAUGCACCUAUUUGUGUAAAUAUGUGUAUAGUUAUUUUAUAUACUGGCUAUUAGAUCUAGAAUUCUGCCUGCUUUGAAUCAUACACAGAGGUAAAAUGGUGCAAUAAUUAUUUAAAUAUUAAUUUAAAUAAAUUAUUAUAAAUAGUUAUUAGAGAGAGUAUCAGAACUGCGCAUCCAGACACCCCAUGGUGUUUCCCUUUCAAGGGAACUCGAUGCUGCAUCAAGGCUGAUGCUAUUUGUAUGCUUCUUGAGGAAGUUGUGUCUGUAGCUCUGUGUACACACAUGCCAAUUUAAUAGUUCGGAAAGGACACAUGAUGAAUGGAAUACGUGCCAGCGAGUCCAUAUAAGGCCUUCUAUGUCACAUUACUCCAGCUUUUUUGUCUUUCGAAAGUACUAUGUGUAUGUAUGUGUCAAUUUUUUACCUGUCUGUCUAGCGAAAAAAAGAAUAUUUAAAAAGUGCUAGAAAAAGAGACAUUAUGGUGAGCAAGCAAUUUAGGAGGUGUGUGCAUUCAUGUGCCUGCAAUAUUACGCAGGACAACAUAUACUCUGUUUUCGUUGUUCAUUUGGUUGAGGACUAUGCAUGGUCGUCUCUCAAGGGAGCCAGCAUUGCUUAAGCGCCGAUCACGCUUGGCUGUAUGUUCUAGCUAAGUGUCUGCGCCUUGUGGUUGAAGUCCCAUACAGUAUCUGCUGAGGCGGUGCGAUGGCUUCGAUGAUGAGGUUCACAGGUUAAGUGGGCAGAAGUGGAACAAAAAACCUUGCACACUCCCCUGACUCAGAUCUCUUUUACAGAUUUGGGAACUCAUGAGUGAUUUCUCCUGACCUAGGUUAAAUUUGAAUUGGCCUGAAUUGCCACUUCUGUUGCCCAUUUUAAACUAAAUAUCCAUUUUCUGUCUUCAGGCUGCAUGCCACCUCCAAUGCAGGCAGCUGCCAUUUUUGAGGCACACGGCCUCCUCCUAGCUCACACAGCAGAGAAAAGAAGGGGCAUAGAAAAGGGUGAGUGUUGUGGCCAGAGCCCCUCAUCAAAGACUAGGGAGGCCAGACAGCAUGCCCUAGCCCAGACACUUUAGGGGAGAGAGGACCUUAGGUCUGUCAUCUCUGCCAGGCAUGAUAAGGAGUCCUGAUGUUCCUAAAAGCAGACUUCCCCUAUUUCCUGCCCACUGCCUCUGGCAUUUUAGUGUCCAAUCUGGCAGCAUGGGAACUUUUGCCAGGUGUGUCUCAGUGGGUCCUAGAUAUCGUAGAGGAGUACAGGAUCCAGUUAGACCCCGUCCUCCUCUGUUUCAGGGUGUGGUGCCCAUGAUCUUUGGUGAACACCAGGCUACAUUCCUGCAAGAGGACCUUCUCUCUCUUCUUCUCACCAUGGGACAUGUUCCCUUCCCAGGUCAGGACUCUGGCAUUUGGCAUUUUUUUCCUUAGGAUCCCUUUCCGGGGUGAAACUACCAAUAUUGUUCUUAGGCGGCUUCCAUCUGGUCACCAGCAAAAUCUAUUUUUUUUCGCAAAAGCCUCUCUGUCGCUGAGAUGCAGAGAGUGCUCAACCUCAUAGGGUCAGCAGCUAAUGUUAUCCCUUAGGGUCUGCUUCACAUUGCAGGGAGAUUCCAGCUCUGGUUUAAGGGUAUAGUCUUUCAUGCCCUCAAGCAUCCCAUCAGGUUUAUAGUUCAGGGUACAGUACACAGUUAUGCUCUGUGGGCUUCAUACCCUUCUUAUGUGGAAAAAAAACUGUUCAUGGCUCAUUCUAGGGGUGUGUUAUUGUUGCAAGACUCUUUCAAUAGAAACUCAAUUUCGAGCUAGGGAGUGGUCCUGGAUGGCUGCCCACCCAGGGUCGCUGAGAGGGCCCUUAUCUCUCAUGGCACAUAAAUUUCCUGGACAUAAGGGACAUAUUUCUAGCAUUGAAACAAUUUCUUCCACACAUCAGGGGCUACCAUGUGCUAGUGCAUACAGACAGUACUACAGUGGUUUCCUUUCUUAAGCAUCAGAGCAGUCUGCAUUCAUGCCUUCUGUUUAGGUUGGUGCAGCAGAUUCUGCUCUGGGCAGAGACCAGGUUUCUUUCACUAAGAGUGAUUUUCAUCCCAGGGCAUGCAAAUCGGGAUACAUACUUCCUAGCCAGAGUGUGCCACAAUCAAGUCCACCUUCUUCUAGUCCACCUCCUUUUGUGGCCUGUCACCAUCUACUUUAAUGGUGUACAUGGCCGCCAUUGCUGUGAACCACAAACCAGACUUCGGACCCUCCUGCCUUCUUGGGUAGGCACCCCCUGGUUUCUUAUUUUUUGCAUGGUGCCAGGAUGCUGUGACCAUCUUAUAGAAGACCACACCUUCCUUAAUGGGACCUCUUGGUGGUCCUGGAUGGGCUGCUGGAAGCCAUCGAGUCAGCUUCUGAGAAGUUUAUUACCCCAAAGUUGGCUCUGCUCUUAGCCUUGGCCUCCCUCAAAAGAGUGGGGGAUCUGCAGGCCCUGUCAUUCACCUGCCUAGAAUUUGCCCCUAGUUUGUCUAAGGCUAUCCUUUACCAUAGGGCUGUCUCCAAGAUGCUCAGGAUGUCCGGUUGUCCUGUCAUCUUGCAGACGUGCUGUCCUCUGUCCCAUGAGUCAGCACAACAGGGGAGACUGCUUUUGCUUUGCCUGGUGUCCAGCAUUUACAGUACAGUGUGAGUCCACUGAUUGAGCUCAUGGCUUGACUCCACCCCAGUUUCCCAGGUCCUUCAGGGUUAUUGGUGUUCUGUUCUCAGUCUGCUAUUGCUUUCUCACGGCCUCUAGGACCAGUGUGUGGUGGUGUGAGUAUUUACGUUUCCAUGGCGACAGCCUUGAUGAAGGAUCGAGUUCCCUCGAAAAGGAACAUACUGGGAAUAUAUCAGGUUAGAACAUCCUGGUACAGAAUAUGGUAUACACUUAAAAUAUUAAGAUUAAAAAAAAAAGAAUUAAAUUGUUUUUAAAUCAAUAGAAUGUACAAUAGAAAGUUAAAUAAUUUUCCUCCCACAGUAUUAUAAUCAAACUAUUAAAUACAAACUGUCUCAUUGAUUUGAACAAUGAAACACAUUUAAAACUCAUAUUAAAAUUAUUACGGUGUUGGUGUUGGUGAAAUGGUAUGGUAUAGUGAUGGAAUAAUACUGACAGAUAGGUUACAGAGUAUAAUUGCAUAACUACCUAUUUUUUAAAUAAUAUAUUAUGAAUGUAAAAUGUUUUUGUUGUUUACUGUAGUAGAGAUGUUUCCCAAAAUGAGUGUGUAUGUUGCAUGUUGAUUUGUACUCCCUUCCCUUGGCUUUUCAUUUCCAAAAUUCACAUAGGGACAUGACUUCACUUGGCAAAAAUUAAUGUGUUCAAGUGUACAGUAUGUUCUUUUUACCUGAUCUAGUUAAACAUUACAUUUUAUUCUAAUUCAAUCUGCUGCACACACAUGUUUAGGAUAUAUUUACAAUAUGUUGGAGUCAUUUAGCCCACCUCUUUAGCUGCUUGAAAAAGUUUAUAAUUUUUCUUUAAAUGAGUAAAACCAUGGGUCCAAUGCCAACAACACCAUCUAGUAGUUGCCAUUCCAAACUUCAGUUUUCUUUUGCCCUACUAGAGAAGCUAGACAUCCUAAUGGUGCAGAAUCUGUGAUGAACCAAUCAAUAUGUUCGGUGUUGCUUUAACAGAGCAGUGGUAAAAAAGUGUGGGCAUCAACCUCCAACUUGGAUGAUUUAAGGGGUAAAUCGUUAUUGCCCAUGAACCUAAGGUACUUUAUCUUGUUGACAAUUUCCUAGUGAUUAUCCCACAUUAAGUUACCCCAGAUUGACCUUUACUAGCCAAAAAUAGUAUGUCUUUAAAGACAAAUUUUGAAUGCUGUUCUGGAAUGCUGUUGUCCACAAGCAUCUGCAUUUUUAACCAAUGUAUAAAUAUUUUUACUUUUGAAAACAUUUAAUGUUCAAGACUCAAACUUUUAUUAAUGCAUAUGCUUAAAUUUAAUUCAAUUCAAUUUGAAUAGAGCUUUUAAGAGUGGACACUGUCAGCAGCUUAUAAAUAAAAAUUACAAAGUUUAAAAUCCUAUAUUUAUCCAUAAUGAGAAGUAAUGAUAUGAUAUUAAUUAGUUGCAGCUUUAUUCUCUGUUUUUGGCUGUAUCUAGAUGAAACAUAGUGUCUACUAUAAUGAGAUUGAUCAGAGAAAGAUGUUUAUUUCUUUAUUAAAUUGAUUAUGUACUAUGUGUGUUCUGAAUAAACACAACAGCAGUGCUCUUUUAUACUUCCCUGUGCUUCAUUUAUGUAAAAUAUGCCCACCCUAAGAUAGGAAAUGAUACAAAAUAAA